AUGGAAACAAUUAAGUGUAUCAUUGAGGAUUUAAAUAGUGAUCACUUUUCCAUAUUAGUUGAUGAAUCUCGUGAUGUAUCAUGUAAGGAGCAAAUGGCUAUUGUUUUGCGGUAUGUUGAUAGAAGGGGAAGUGUGAUGGAGCAAUUUAUUGGUAUUGUUUAUGUUCGUGAAACUACUGCUUUGUCUCUAAAGAAUGAAAUUGUUGGUUUACUUUCUCAACACUCUUUAAGUCCAUCUUCCAUACGUGGACAAUGUUAUGAUGGAGCAAGCAAUAUGCAGGUUUCUAGAAAAUGUGAUGAAGUGCAAGAACUUUUAUUAGUUGUUUCUGAUAUAUUAAAUAUGGUAGGAUUUUCUUUCAAGCGUAGAGAUGAACUUCGUGAAUCCCAAGCCGAAGAAAUUGAAGAAGCAUUACGUAAAGGUGAGCUUGAAACUGGAAGGGGUUUAAAUCAAGAAUUAGGUCUUGCUAGCGCUGGUGAUACUCGAUGGGGAUCUCACUACAAAUCCUUUAAUAAUUUUAUUCUUAUGUUUGGCCCUAUCACUGAUGUACUUGAUGCUAUUGUUGUUAAUGCACAUUUUGAAGAAAAGUGUAAGGCAAAGGGAUACCUUAAAGCAUGUUUAACAUUUGAGAUUGUCUUCAUGUUGCAUUUUAUGCGUACUGUUUUAGCAAUUACAAAUAAGCUUAAUGUUGUCUUUCAAAAGAAGGAGCAAGAUAUUGCAAAUGCUUUGAUACUUGUUAGAGUGACAAAGGAUCGGUUGCAACAACUGAGAGAGGACGGUUGGGCUCCGCUUAUUGAUGAAGUAUCUAAGUUUUGUAUUAAAUAUGACAUAUUGAUACCUAACUUUGAUGAGCCUUAUAUGAUCCUUGGAAGAUCACGUCGUAGAGUUGCAGAGUACUCUAUUUUACAUCACUAUCGUGUUAUAGUGUUUCGUAAAACUAUUGAUUGGCAAUUUCAAGAACUCAACAGUCGCUUUGAUGAGGUGACAACUGAAUUGCUUCUUUGUGUUUCUUGCUUGAACCCGGUUAACUCUUUUUUAAGUUUUGACAUUGAAAAGAUGUUGAGAUUGGCUGAGAUAUAUCCUGAUGAUUUUGAUAAAUAUUCUAUAGUUGACCUUCAUUUUCAGCUUGAGAAUUACAUUGUUGAUGUUCGGGAUCAUGACAAAAGGUUUUCUGAUCUUAAGGGACUUGGUGAUCUUUCCAAGAAAUUAGUAGAAACAAAGAAGCAUGGGACUUAUCCUCUUGUGUUUCGGCUAGUGAAAUUUGCUUUACUUUUGCCUGUCGCUACGGCUACGGUUGAAAGAGCUUUCUCAGCAAUGAAGUUGAUAAAGACCGACUUACGAAAUCGAAAUGGAUGA